AUGGGCCUCUUUUUGCGACACGCCAACAGCAACAACAUGCUUGCUCCAAUGGAGAAGAACAACGAGGAAAGCGGCGAGUUCAAGUUGGUGUAUACGUGUAAAUACUGCCGCAAGUAUGAAGAGGAUGCGGACAACAACUGCACCUACGUCAGCCGUGCCAUUCAGGAAGUCGACAACUUGGCCCAAAUCAAUGCCGAUGUGCGUGAUGACCCGACACUGCCCCAUGAAGACGAUAUUGAGUGCCCCAAGUGCUCAGUCAAGGAUGCCGUGUUCUUCCAAGCCCAGAGCCAUCGUGACCAGGUAGGGCCUGAUGCCGGCAAAGGCCACGAUCAACCACUUUGGCCUGACAUGUCCCUCUUCAUGAUUCUCCGUUGCGCCAUUGCGCCAUCCCUCUGA